AUGCAUGUUUUGGGAAGGAACAUUCACGUCAGUUCGAUCCUUGAUGGAAGCCUUCCUGCCUUGGGGCGAAAGAUUGACGGCGUCUUGCCUGCCCAACCACUCGCUCACACAUUCAAUGUUCGCAUCGUGCAUUGUCUGUCAAUCGACCCAAGUCCGAUGACCUGGUGCUCCUCCUGUCUCCUCAUGCAACUGACAGGGCUAAUCACAUCCACGGAUGGCUCCGUUUGA